GAUUAAACAAGGAAGACAACUUCAUACUAUUGGACAACUAAAACCAACAAUAAUCCUGUAUGAUGAUUCGCAUCCUAAAGAAUUGGAAAUUACUCUUAUAGAAGAUUUUGCUAGUACAGUUCAUAAUCAUAAAGAAGGUGCUUGUGAUGA